AUGAAGCCGAGAAGCAUAAACGCCGAAGCGAAAACCAGAAUCCGCGAUUGGGCUCAGGAAAGAGGUGACAAUGCUGUAAGAAUUUCAUUGGCCCAACUUGAUGAUAAGAGCUGGAAUAUCACAUGUCCGGACAGUUCUGCGUGGAAUAUAGGUAAGGCCGGGGCUGCCGCUAGGCCGAAUAUGGGAGCUGGGGUUGACUCUGCGGAUGAGGAUUCGCCUAAGGAUAGGUGCCGAUUUGUUUAUAUUAUAUUUUUUUUCAUCGGGGUCGGAUCGCUUUUACCCUGGAAUUUCUUCAUAACAGCUAGUCAAUAUUUUCACUACCAACUUCGGAACCAAAGCUUGCCGAGUGACGUUGAUCCACUGCUUCCGAUGUACAGAACACCAUUACAGACUGUGUUCUCAAGUUACCUCACAAUCGCUUCCAUUGUACCAGCAACACUGGCAAACUUCGCCAAUCUCAUGCUGAAGGAUUGUCUUCCUGUGUACACUCGCUUGAUUGGAUCCGCUAUAGUCAUGCUUGCUAUGUUCACGAUCACAACUGCUCUGACGAAGGUUACCGUCGAUACAAGUGCUUUCUUCAUUAUUACUCUGGUGACUGUGGCGAUAAACAACGUUGGGAGUUCUAUUAAUCAGGGGAGCACUUAUGGUAUCCUAACCGUGCUUCCAGGGAGCAACGCCCGUGGCUUCCUUGAAGGUCAGGCCGUGGCCGGCAUCAUCGCUUCUGCGUCCAACUUGAUAACGAUCGCAGCUGCAAGCGAUCCCCAAGAUGUUGGAUUUGCCUAUUUCCUUAUUGGUGUCUGCAUUAUCGCCUUCACUAUCGGUCUCUUCAUUAUCCUCUUCAAAAGUCCCUACUUCCUCUAUUAUUGGAGAAGCAAAGACGGCACUGCUACGGACGACGAUGUGCCUUUUAGUAGAAAGCUGAAAAGAACUGCGGAUAAUCUCUAUCGCACUAUGUGGGAGGUCAAAUGGACUGGUUUCACUACCCUCAUCAUAUUCGCUGUCACUUUGGCCAUCUUCCCCAGUGUCUUCAUUCUGAUCGUUCCAAACAACUUUGAUAAAAGUAGUGCGUGGCACAUCAAAUACUUUCACGCAGUGAUCGUGUUUUUGAGUUUCAACAUUUGUGACUACCUGGGUCGUAUGGCGGUUGGUUGGUUUAAGUGGCCCACUUUCGAGCAGCGCAAACUUCUCCUUACUUUGGCCAUUGUUCGAGUCAUACUUGUUCCGUUGGCGAUGUUGUGCAACAUCCCUUCUCAACGCAUUCCCACUGUCUUCUACCACGACUCCAUCCCCAUAAUUCUGGUCAUCUUGCUGGGCCUAACUAACGGAUACUUCGUCUCCUUGGCUGUUAGUUAUGCACCCAGGUAUGCCUCGGCCGGCAAUGAGGAGGGUUGUGGCAUUGCAACAUCCACUUACAUCUCCCUUGGGCUAUGUCUCGGGGUCACUCUCUCCUACGGAAUGGUGGCUCUUGUCUAG